AUGGGGAAGCGAAAGUCGGCCGCGAAGCCCGAGGCGAGGAAGGUUCAGAAGGUCCCGACGACGUUCAACUGCCCGUUCUGCAAUCACGAGGCCAGCGUCGAGUGCAAACUGGAUAAAAAAGCAGGCAUAGGGACGGUGUCGUGCCGCGUGUGCGCCGAGCAAUACCAAACCACCAUUGACAAUUCUCGAUACCUAGUGCUACUGCCUCUCGCUUGCCUCUACGCUGCCUAUACGUGGACUCAGGCCACCAUCCCUCACGUUCCGUCGAUUAAUCUUUCUCAGAGCGAAACGCUCACCAUGACGGACGUCAGCAGUGCGCUUCGGGAGCAGCAGAAGCUGCUGCAGUCGACUCGCAAAUUGGUGCACAUGAAACUUCCCGGCGAUCGGAUCACGAGCGUCGUCAUUCCGUCCGUGCUCGCGCUGACCGCCACCGCGCUCAUUGGCAGGGGCUUGUUCAACAUGUCCUUCGGGAUUGGCAAGAAAGAGUGA